AUGGAGCUGGCAAGUGAGAUCAAACAAGAAAUGUUAGAAGAUGCACAAAACAAACUAAUGAAUCUUAUAAACAGCACAGAAGGGAAAGUAGACAAGGUCUUGAUGAGAAAUCUCUUCAUUGGGCAUUUUCAUACUCCAAAGAAUAAGCGUCAUGAGGUCUUAAGGUUAAUGGGAAGUAUUUUGGGGAUCAAAAAGGAAGAGCUAGAUCAGUUAGUGUCUGAAGACCAAAAAGGUGUUACCAGAUGGGUGACUGGUUGGCUUGGUGGAGGAGGAGCUGGAUCAAAGAGUGUCCCGAGCACACCUAUAAGACCAAAUAAUCAAUCUGUUUUCAAUAGUUCUUUUUCAGAACUGUUUGUGAAGUUCCUUGAAACGGAAUCACGUCCAAACCUUCCCCUACCCACGCUCUCUGUUCAUGACAUGAAACCUUUAGGAGCAGCAGGAAUUUGUAAUCCUAGUAGUACCAGAUCCAGCAGCCAUACAGAAACUACAGGCUCGGGAACCAGUAGAAGACCAGAUGCGAAUCCAUUCUUGGCACCCCGAUCUGCAGCAGUGCCCCUAAUCACCCCCACUUCUCUUGGAGCUGGUGGAUCAGGGCAUCUGCUUAUGAAACCUAUUUCUGAUGCAUUGCCUACUUUUACACCACUGCCAGUGUUGCCUGAUGCCAGUGCUGGUGCUGUACUAAAAGACCUCUUGAAACAAUAGAUGAUUCUGAAUCAAUAUUGAUGAUGAUAGCACUUUAAGGAAAAUGAGAACUCUAUAUUUUAUACAACUGAUCACAGAGGCCUUUUGUAAAAAACCGUGUACUUGUUUGCAGAUGUACUUGGUUUUUCUUUAUAUUUAAUUAUGAACUAAACCGUGCUUUGGAAAUUGUAGGAGUCACAGGAAUAACUGCCUUCUUUGUUCAUAUUGGUUCUGAGGUAGGUUUUAAACUGGAGAAAAUUUAUUCUAUCUCAGUUGUAGAAUUGCAAAACAAACUGUAGGACUCAUAAACACUAGCUGUAUUCUGAGUUGUUUCAGGAGUGCAACAGCAAUAUUAACUCUUUGGUAUUGGGGUCAGUUUGUCAAAGAGCACAAUCUGUUAUUGACAAUGGGCAUGUGAGGAAGCACCACUGAAGAUUAAUUAAUAUUUCUAACCAAAAUUAAUAUAGAAUAAUAUUCGGGGUGCCCAUUCAUGACACAAAUUCCAAAGGAGGAGGUAGGGAAGCAUGUAGGAGCUUAAUUAUUGGAGACGACAAAAAUACUUGCAGUUACCCAACUAUAUUUACAUAAAAACAUAUCCCUCUCUUAAUAAGCAGAUAAGUUGCAUCCCAAAUUUUGGGCCACUUUGAGGCACAUCAAUCCUUUUUGCACCAGGAGCUAUAUUUUUCCCAGUCUAAUAGCUGCUUAUGGUAAUCCAGAACCACAGACACCAAGGUGUUAAUUCUGGAAACAAAGGAGUUGGAGAAUAUCUUGGAUUUUUUUUUCCUAAAAACUUCCAUGUGGUGAAUAGCUGUUAAUGGAGAAUUUAACAGAUCCAUGGGAAUUUUAAUAU